CCCAACAAAACUCAGGAGAUUGCGAUGAAUCCUUCAAUCAACUCCUAUGACUACAGUUUAAGAACUGAUUUUUGUUUGCAGGUGACAAACAAGGUUCUUUUGGAACAAGUGGAAAGAGGCUCAAAUUUCAUCUCGUCUCCUUUGUCAUUCCAAGUUAUGCUGAGCCUAAUUGCUGCAGGAUCAAGUGGAGAUACCCUGAGGCAGCUUCUUUCCUCUCUGGGAGCCGAUAGUGUUAGCCAUCUUAGCAGUUCAUCUGCACAGAUUAUCAACUUCAUAUCACCGACUGCAACUGGAAGACCAACCUUGUCUUUUGUUAAUGGUGCUUGGCUGGAUCGAAGUUUCUGUUGGAAUCCUCCUUUUGAAAAGUUUGUCAAAGAUGCGUACAAAGCAACAGUGGAAGAAGCUGACUUUGCAAACAAGGCUGACGAAGUAGUGCGUGAAGUGAAUGCAUGGGCGGAACGGUCGAUCAAUGGACUGAUAAAACAACUUCUACGAGGCAGUUCCUUAGAUGGGGAGACAGUGCUAGUUCUUGCAAAUGCACUAUACUUCAAAGGGUCAUGGGACCGAAGAUUUGAUCCAUCGAGGACCGAACUCAGAGACUUUCAUCUCCUAAAUGGACAAAUUGUUCAAGCUCCCUUCAUGACCUCUCAGCUCCCCUACCAAAGUUAUGGAGAUGCAAGAAAAUUCUUCAUGUACAUGUUUCUCCCUCAUGAGAAAUAUGGCUUGCCAGAUCUAAUAGUAAGAUUCAAUUCUAUUCCUGGCUUCUUUGAUCAGCGCUUCCCACUUAUGAAAGAGGAACUUCAUGAUUUUUGGAUCCCAAGAUUGAAGUUCUCCUUUGAGUUUGAAGCUUCAGAGACAAUGAAAGAAAUGGGACUUCAGCUACCAUUCAUGAAGUUUGGUGCAGAACUUACUAACAUGGUGGAUUCACCUACAAGCAACAAGCUGUUUGUCUCAGACAUGUUCCAGAAAUCUUAUAUUGAAGUCAAUGAAGAAGGGACAGAGGCUGUAGGUAGCACUGCUACUAUGGCAAAAUUGUUAUGUUACGAUAUGCAGCCACUCCCAGGAUUUGUGGCUGACCAUCCUUUUAUGUUCAUGAUAAGAGAGGAGACUUCAGGGCUUGUGUUCUUCACUGGAGCAGUUCUUAACCCACUUUUGGACGAUUGUGUCUUACAAAAGUAUCUAUAGUUAUCAAUUAGUUCUAGCUUUUCAAUGAUGCCAUGUAUUUUACCUAUCUUGUUUGAUGCCUUCAGUAAUACCGUUUAAGUUUAAUAAAUCCACACAAGAAUCUCAACUGUUUUCCAUAGGAGUGAUUAGACUUGAAUGGAAUUGCUAAUAUUGCCAAGGGCCAUCUCUGAAAUGAAAUAAUGAAUGGAAU